AUGCAUUUCUCGUUCUUUCACCUACUCGUAUUCCCAGAGUUUGACAACACCAACUGGGACCAAAUAGAGCUAUUCCAUGCCAGCAAAAAGGUCACGAUUUGUGGUCCGGUAGAAUCAAAAUGUUGCGCUCCACCAGGAAACGUCGUCCCUCUGAUAUUACCGGUUCAUUUUAUUGGCACUGAGUUGGUCAUUGAAACCACAUAA